AUGACCUCAGAUCCCAACCGUCAAGAGAGUGUCCGGUCCGUUAACGACUUUUCAACGGCUAUGGCAUCACAACAAACCCCCCCUCCUGCGCAGAACGGCCAUGCACUAGUUCCUUCACAGCAGCAGCAGCAGCAGCAGCAACCCCCUAGUCCUUCACUGGGGGAACAGGACAAAGCAAGACUAAUCGAAGAGAUUCUGCUUUCAGAUGUUGGUGUGAAAACACUUCUUAAUAGACUCAAACAAAGCAUAACAGCCUGUAGAGAAUUUUCUGCAUUUAUUAAACGCCGUGCUUCCCUCGAGGAAGAGCAUGCCCAAGGUCUACGUAAGCUUUGUAGCCUCACGCACACUAAUAUCCGUAGACCCGAAUGUCGCCAAGGUACCUAUGCCCGCUCAUUCGAGGAGACCACCCGCAUCCAUGGCCGGAUGGCAGAAAAUGGCCUGCAGUUCAGUCUCGCCCUGCAACAAAUGUACGAAGAUCUUACAGAGCUGGGAAAUAACAUGGAUCGUGGCAAAAAACAUUGGAAACAGACUGGAUUGGCUUUUGAAAGGAAGGUUCAAGAUGCGGAAAUGCUUGUAGAAAAGGCAAAAAUUAAAUAUGAUACUGCAGCAGAGGAAUAUGAUCGUGCUAAAUCUGGAGACCGACGCGCUGGGAAGUCACCUUUUAGUAUAAGAGGAACCAAAAAAGGACCACAGCAUGAAGAGGAUUUAUAUCGCAAGGUCCAAAUUGCUGAUGGAGACUAUUCUGCUAGAGUACAGCAAGCAAGUGCAGCGCGUGCUGAGCUAAUAAGCUCUCUUCGUCCGUCGGCAGUGAGAAGCUUGCGGGAGAUGGUUGCCGAAUGUGACAGUGGGCUGACAGCGCAACUGCAGAGAUUUGCUCAAUUGAACGAGAAAUAUCUGCUUAGCAAUGGGUUGAGUGUUAGUCCCAUAAAAUCAGAGAAUCCAGAUGCCCGUAGCAUGCGUGAUGUUAUAUCUCUCAUCAACAAUGAAAAGGACUUUGAGAGUUAUAUUCUUGACCUCGCUGCCACAGUUCCACUAAGUUCUCGAAACCAGGAAGUCAAAUAUGAACGGCACCCUUCCCUAACCUCAUCAGGCCCCAACCCCAGUUCUGCACCUCCAAACCAGCCCAUGCAACAAGGAGCCCACCAACAAGCAUAUCAUCAUCAGCAAUCUCCUCAGCCAGUUCAUCAGCCAGUUCAUCAGCCAGUUCAUCAGCCAGUUCAUCAGUCACCCCAGCAACAAACUCACCAGCCCAACCACCAGCCAACUCGCAAUAUCUCUCCUGAUCGUGAUCAAAAGUCACAAAUUCCGCAGUCACAAGGAUUUGGCGCAGUUGUUCAAGCACCGGUCAUGUUCCCAUCACCCAAUUCCCAGCAGAUCUCGGUUCCAACACAGUACGCCGGUUCUCAUUUCACCGGCGUGGACUAUCCUAAAACUCGACCAGUAUUUGGGCAAUCCCUAGAGGCGCUGUCGGCGAGGGAUGAGAGUGUUGUCCCAAUCCUCGUCUACCAAUGUAUCCAAGCUGUUGAUCUCUAUGGCCUCGACGUGGAAGGAAUAUACCGUCUUAGCGGCGAGAAAAAGCAUGUCGAAAGACUCAAAUUGAUAUUCGACAACGAUCCCUCCUCAGUCGAUUUCCGCAAACAGGAAGAUUUCUUCGGUGAUGUCAAUUCUGUUGCGUCCAUACUCAAGCAAUUCUUCCGUGAUCUUCCAGAUCCAUUACUCACCAACCUUCUAUAUAAAGAAUUCAUCGCGGCCUCCAGAAUCGUCGAUGAUAUAACUCGAAGGGAUAGUCUUCAUGAGCUUAUCAACAGAUUACCAGACCCAAAUUAUGCGACGUUGCGAGCUGUAAUUCUGCACUUGAAUCGGGUGCAGAUGAAUUCUAAUGCGAACCGGAUGAAUAGUGGUAACUUGGCGAUUUGCUUUGGGCCAACUUUGAUGGGAAGUAAUCUUAGCCCUAAUAUUGCGGAUGCCGGAUGGCAAGUUCGAGUUGUUGAUACUAUCCUUCAGAACUGCUUUAGCAUUUUUGAUGACGAUUGA